GCUCAGUAAUCCAACCUGGUCGAUAGCUCGGUGCGAUGGCUAGAGGGCUUAGAUGGGUUUAACCCAAAAAAAACAAAAUACAAAUGGGUUUCGUCGCCUAGUGUUUGCCUCACAAUUUUGCACAAACCAUCUGAUAUUCUGAUUUCCAUCUCUGCGAUCUGAAAAUCGUCAGACAGAUAUUAAUGAGUUCAUUCAUAGUAUGAAGACUGUCCAUCGAAGAAUAUCAAGGCAAUUUUCCUCAUUCUGCACUAGGUUGUUGUGAUAGGGUUUCCAUCUUGUACACUGUAUAAGACAGUUUUGGAAAUGGCGGCAAUUCCAUCCGGUGGAUCUCUUGUUGCUACCCAUGACUACUACCGAAGGCGCAUAGAAUCCACUUCCAGCAACAGUUCCUGUGGCAGUUCAGAGUAUACUGGAGAAGUUAUUCCACACCACCCAGGUCUACCUAGACAAGACUCAGGACAUUGGUGGGCCAGUUUUUUCUUUGGGAAGCAGAGUACACCUGUUGGACAAGACAUCCAGCACAAGAUUGGGACUUAUACUGUAACUAAUGACAAGGUGACUUGCAUUGCCAAGGAAAUGGUGCAGCAAAGAAAGCUGAGUGCAAGCAGUGAUCAUGGAAAUCCCGAGCCCAGCACUCCCCCCGCCUCAUAAUCCAUACAGCCACCGAUUAAACAAUCACUUUCCUUUUGACUUGUUAGUGGAAAUAGAUUGCUUUGUAUGUUACUCAGGCUGCUUUUUUACUGAUGACCAAAAAAUGUUUAUUAAAAGAAAAAACACUGACCACUUUGUUAUUGUGUGCCCUUUUAAAUAAAUGACUGCAACCUA